AUGUCAGGCCCUCUCCAGUUUUUAAACCACUCAGAUCCAGGAAGGUUUGCUACUGGCCAAAGCAAAGGGCUCCAUGAGGCUAAGUCAUCAAAAGUCAAGCAUCUAUCAGUUCACACAUCUCAGAAAAAUAGCCCAGUGGCUUGUUUUGAUCUACCUUUUGUGGUUCCCACUAAGAACCCAAUGAUGUACAACAAAAGGGCAGCUGACCGAGUCCGUCCUGACCUUACUGGUUUGUUGGUGAAAAACAAGAACCUUUUAGCGGAGCUAAGAAAUCUUCAAAACAAGCUUCUCAUAAAAGAAACUUCCUUGCAAGAAAUGAAGAAUGAGCUAGAAAGUUACAAAGAAAAUAAUGUGCAACAGUCUUUCCAGAUAAUGUCCCUGAAAGAUGAUAUCAAGGAUCUAGAGGAACUUAUUGCUUCUCUAACCAGAAUUAAAUCUUUGAAAAACACCAAUAUUCAGAAUCUUGAAAGAGGCAACUGGGAUCUAACUGAAAGAAUUAUAGAACUAGAAAACCGUCUAAGAGUACAUCUGUUUGAAAGAGAAAAGGCAGAACGAAAAGCAGGCCUUUUGGAGAAAAAGUUAGCAGGUACUGAUGGAUUCACCCCUUAUAUGAAUAUGAAAGGACAAGAAGAUCCCUUGGAUAGUUUCAUGAAGAAGGAUAAAGGUGAAGCUAUCCUGACCAAGAACUUUGAAAGAGACAUUUUUCACUCUGAAGGACCAAAAGAUGGGCGGAAUAUUUGGAAUAAGUGUCAAGAAGAUUCAAUCCAUAAGGAAAAACAAAAAUAUGAAUUGGACAGACCUCCACAUUCAUUCGGCUGGGAAACCAAAACUGCACGAUCCCACUAUCAGAAAUUCCUCAGUCAGUUGGCUACUCUUCUGAGCAACAGUGUUGUCCCCAUACCAGCCACCGAGCAAGCUGUGAAAGAGAGGAUUCAGGAAAUUGGUGCAAAAGAGAGAUCUUGGAAGUUUAGGACUGAAGACCUACAGCAGGAAAUUCUGACGCUCACUCAGCGCCUACAGCAGCUGCCGCGUCACUCUGAAGAAGCCGCUAGAGAACCGUCCCAGAUGCAAGACAGGUGUAGGGAACAAAAAAGAGCCUUGAAACGUCUGGAAGGAAAAACUGCUGUAAAUGACUUCUUUCAAGAGAGUUUAGACUUGGACAGGAAUAAAGAAAACUCUGGGACUAAGAAUUCGUGGACAGACGAGCAUGGCAAGAUGUCCAGACAGCUAGAGAAAGACAACGAGGAACAAACGUUAUUGAAUAUUCAGCAAAAUUUACAGAUUGCUACAACUCAGAGACUAGAGGAGAAAAUUCAGAAACUGCAGAAACAGCUCAGUGAUUUGAAAUUGUCAAAUAAAAGUAUGAAAAUUCAACUUACAAGAGUAAAUGUCCUUAAGAACAAAACAAUUGAAAAGCUUAGGCAAUCUUUAACACGAGUUGAAGCAAUGAAAGGGAAGGCAGUUAUGAGAACAGACAACUUGAAAACUACAUUGGAUUCUGCCAAGGAAGAGGCAAGAGGGGACAAAGAGAAGGUCCAUCAGCUGUUAGACACUGGCACUCCUGCUGAGUUCUGCACAGCAAAGGGCACACUCGAUAAAGUUCCAGGACAAAAACAUGAGCUUUCUGAUUUUCGAGAAACUAUUAUGAAGAUGUUGGGAUUUAACAUGAGAACAGCUGACAAGGAAAUCAUCAAUCAUCUAAGGCUUAUUAUACAAGAUUAUGAAGCAUCUAACAAAUCGAAGAUUGCAUCUGACUGUGAGACUGGACAGGAUAAUAAAUAAAAAAGCUCUGUCUUCAUUGCUGCCAACAAGAACACAGAAGAUAUAGACAUUUCCUCCAGCAUCUUGAAUUGGCUACAUUAUGAAUAAAAUGCAUUGGGAAUUUUUCACUUGAAAAAUUCUCUCCUUUAA